AUGAUAAAGAGGCCUAUUUUUUUCGAAACCUCAUAGCGUAUGAGAUAUGUCCAGAUACUCGUAGCAAAUAUGAAUUUUGCUCGUUCAUUUUAUUCAUGGAUUCAUUGAUUGACAAUGCUGAAGAUGUGAAGGAGCUGAGAUUAAGUGGUAUAUUUUCAAACUUGCUCGGAAGCGACCAAGACUUGGCCAAUCUCUUCAAUGAAUUGGGUGCUGAUCUGCCAACUAAUAAAUUUUCUGACUGGCGCCUCAGUAAUGCUGUGGCCUUGAGGGAGAAACAUAUCGCUGUUAAGCAGCAAAUUGAGAAGCAUUACACAACUAAGUGGAAGACAUGGUUGACUGAAGCUUACAAUACUCAUUUCAGUACCCCCUGGACUAUAAUUGCCUUUUUUGCUGCAUUACUAAUUGUAAUUCUUACUUUUAUCCAAACCUUUUUCACCAUAGAUCCCAGAUGAUUCAUGAAGCAUCUCGUGGA